AUGUUGUCACCGGUACUAUUUCGUUUCGUACAAAUAAUAGAGAGUACGCCCCACGUGCUUCCUUUCCGAAAUUUAUCGCGAACUGGUGUGACUACGUUUCGUGUCCAAAGACUUAAAAAUGCGUUACGUUGCCGCCUACCUGCUUGCUGCUCUUGGUGGAAAAGGCUCCCCAUCAGCUGCCGACAUUGAGAAGAUCUUGGGAAGUGUUGGCAUUGAAGCUGAAGCUGAUAAAGUGAAGAAGAUCAUCGCUGAGCUCAAAGGAAAGAAGCUCUCAGAGGUCAUUGAGGAAGGCUCCAAGAAACUAGCCUCGGUUCCUGCUGGUGGUGGAGGAGCCCCGGCAGCUGCUGGCGGUGCACCUGCAGCUGGUAAAGAAGCAGCCAAGGAAGAGAAGAAGGAAGAGAAGAAAGAGGAGUCCGAGGAAUCGGAUGACGACAUGGGCUUCGGGCUGUUCGACUAAAUCUCUACAGCUGAUUGAACAUUUCACAAUAAUGUGUUAUUGUUAGAGAUUAAAUACCAUGAAAGAAA